AUUGCUAUCUCAGUUUAAAAACGGCAGUGGACGAAUAAAAAUGUGCUAUAUUUAUUAAAAAAUUUAAACAAUCGGGGGGACAAUAGCAAGUGUAAAAUUAAACUGAGUAAAAUAAAUAUGUUAAGUAUAUAAAAUAAGAGUGCAUUCAUAAAGAGUUUAGUGACGGAAGAAUCGCAAAUCUAAUACAAGCUUAAGCGCAUCUUACGGUGGAGUAAAUUUAUUAGCGAAAGCAAAUUUCGAGGCAAUCAUAAAAACAAAGCAAAAGAACAAAUAAGCUGAAAAUGUCGAAACAAAACCCAACCGCGUUUAAAAGUACAAGUGAUAACAAGGCAAGGGAAGAUAUACGCUGUGGCAGUGACUCUAGUAGUGCUUGUGGAUACAAACCAAACAUAGUACAUUUAGAUAAUUCAGAAAGUAAAGAAUUCAAAGGAGGUAUUAACGUAGAAGAUCUGACCCACGGCUCGGAUUCAGGAUUUUUAUCUGGCCCACAAAGCUCUUUAUAUGACGAACAGGAGGAGUUAAGUCAUAGCGCCAUUGGAAGUAACGACUUCAGUCAGAAAACAUCAAAAAUUGAUAGUAUAGAAUGCAACAUCAAGAAUUCUUCGGAAAUAUUGCUACAGCGUCAUGAGAAUAAAGAAGAGGAGGGGAUUUAUGCUGUUGAUUCUGGUUGCAUUGAAGAAGAAGACGAAUACGAAGAGUCCCCCGAUUCCGCUGCCAAAGCCGAACGUCAGUCCAUCAUCAAGCAGCAUAUCACUCUUCAAAACCAACCGCACAUCACAACGGCAACCAGCAAUAAUAAUACAAGCACAAGCGAAAAAAUGAAACUCAAGCAUGAUGUUGACAGUCAUUUAACUGAAAGGUUUUCAAAUAUUAGUUUACAGAGUGGAACUGUAAAUAAUUUAAAUGCGUCGGGCAGAGCCACAAAUGCGCAAACGGCACCAACAACAACAACAACAACAAAUAAGAUAUCAGAAUCAGAACAAUUACCAAACUGGGAACAAUACUUUCAGCAAAAUGAUGACGGCGACACCUAUCUACAUUUGGCUUGCAUAGCAGGACAAGAAAACAUAGUAGGCGCUCUAAUUCGAGUCGCUGGAAAUCCCUAUGCACUGAACAUAAAAAACGAUUACGGCCAAACCCCAUUACAUUUAGCUGCGCUCUCAAGGCAAAAAACAAUUUUACGCAUGCUAUUACUUGCCGGUGCUGAGGCACAUUUACGCGACAGUCGUGGAAAUACAGCAUUGCAUUUGGCUUGCAUGUCUGGAGAUGUGCAAUGUGUUAGUGCCUUAACAGUUCCAUUUAGCUCCGAAGAGAUCAAUGAAGCUCAACGUCAUUUUGGCUUUAGUCAAAAUAAACAGUUGAGCUACGCAGAAAUUAGAAACUAUGAUGGUGAAUACUGUGUUCAUUUAGCUACCGAAGCUGGCAAUUUGCAGAUACUAGGCACUCUAGUACGAUUUGGAGCCGAUAUCAAUGCAAGAGAAGGGAAAGGUGGAUACACACCACUACAUAUCGUAAUUGAAAAUAACAACGAGGAAUUGUUCAGUUUCCUACUUAAUGACUGUAAAUCCAAACUCGAUGUUGAAACAACAACUUUCGGCCGACUGACAGCGUAUCAAAUGGCAUGCCGCAUGAAGAGGUCAAAAAUGUACAAAAUUCUAGAAAAAUAUGGCGCAGAACCUCUUUCGCCGCCAGAGAGUGAAUAUGAAGAAAGCAGCGAUGACGAUGAAUUUGAAUAAUAAGUCGAUAAAAUUCAUGCAAUCAACUCUUCGGAAUGUUCUAUGUUUUAGUAGAGCAAAUAUUAAAUAAAUACCAAUUGGUAACCUUACUGUUAAGGCGUUCGCAUAUAAAUACAUUUGUAAAUACAUGCACACAUUUACCGCUGUAAGCAAACAGAGCAAAUAAUUUGAACAAAGAAAUGUCAAAUUCAACUUUCAAGCUUUCCUACUCGUAUAUAUGUAUCUAUGUACAUACACGUACAUACUGGCUAAUGCAACAGAAAUUCUGUGCUUCCUUCAUGCUUGCGGUCUUCGAGGCAAAAGUAUAUCAAAUAGUUGAACUGAACGUAAAGUUUUUUUUAUUUUGUGUUCUUUUCGUAAAGUAUUUUUUAAUGGUUUUCUGUAAUACAAAUAGUAUACAUACAUAUCUUUAAAAAUCUGUAAUACGAAUAUGUAGUGUAUUUCAAGAAAAUGUAUCUUCAAUUUCAUGAUUCUAUUCUCUCUAAGUCAUAAUAGGCUAUGUGUGUAAUAAAAUAUAAUAAUAAGCAUUCAAUUUGAUUAAUGUCAGUUAUAUAGCGAUUACUUUUAUAAUUGUAAUCUGUCUGACAUAUAGAAUAAAAUGAAUACUAAAAUAAA